GUGGGGUGCAGAAUCCCAAUUAAGAGAUCAGUGCCAUAUUAUUUUCCCCUCUCUCUCUCUCUCCCCCUUGUAAUUCGGAUGACGUCCGACCUAAUCCAGAGCCGAAAAAGGGCUCGCGGUAUAAAACGGUCGCUCGCUCUCCGAUUUCUGAGAAACAGUUGGCAACAGAACGCCGACUGGAGACAGAGAGAGAGAGAGAGACGAAGAGAGAGACAGAGAAGGAGAAAGACGGGAAAAAGGGUUUAAGAAAGAGAGAAGGGGGAUACAGGACAAAUAAGACGACAUUAACAGGAAAAGAGAGGACAGGGAGGAAGAGAAAGAGAAGGGAAAGGACCAUCUGAUCAUCUUGCCGCUGAUUUUUAUCUGCGUACGAAUAGGAGGGGAAAAGAAAGCCUCAGACAUGGCAGAUCACUGGAGGGACCCGGUUUUUGCAGCCAGGAAAAGGCAGGAAGAAACGACACAGGACUCGAUCUUUGUCUACACUAACAGCAACAACACACGAGGUGAGCGGCACAAACCGUGGUCCGAAGGGAACUACCACAUCGCCCCCCGCUGGGUGUACAACCUCUCCUCUCUGUGGAUGAUCUUCGUGUUCUUCGCCUCGCUCUUCACCAACGGCUUGGUUCUGGUGGCCACCUACAAGUUCAAGAAGCUCCGACACCCGCUGAACUGGAUCCUGGUGAACCUGGCCAUCGCCGACCUGGGGGAGACCUUGCUGGCCAGCAGCAUCAGCGUCUGCAACCAGAUAUUCGGAUACUUCAUCCUGGGACACAGCAUGUGCAUCUUCGAGGGCUACGUCGUCGCCACCUGCGGCAUCGCCGGGCUCUGGUCUCUCACCGUGAUUUCGUGGGAGAGAUGGGUAGUGGUCUGUAAGCCCUUUGGCAAUGUCAAGUUUGAUGCCAAGUGGGCCGCCAGUGGCAUCAUCUUCUCGUGGGUGUGGUCGGCGUCCUGGUGCGCCCCUCCAAUAUUUGGUUGGAGCAGGUACUGGCCCCAUGGUUUAAAGACGUCGUGUGGCCCCGAUGUGUUCAGUGGCAGCGAGGUCCCUGGGGUUCAGUCCUACAUGUUAGUGCUGAUGAUAACCUGCUGCAUCAUCCCCUUGGCUAUCAUCAUCCUCUGUUACAUCGCCGUGUGGCUGGCUAUCCGAGCGGUCGCCCAGCAGCAGAAGGAAUCCGAGUCGACGCAGAAAGCCGAGAAGGAAGUGUCCCGGAUGGUGGUGGUGAUGAUCAUUGCUUACGUCGUGUGCUGGGGCCCCUACACGUUCUUCGUCUGCUUCGGCGCGGCCAACCCUGGCUACGCCUUCCAUCCCCUGGCAGCCUCGUUGCCCGCCUACUUCGCCAAGAGCGCCACCAUCUACAACCCGAUCAUCUACGUGUUCAUGAACAGACAGUUCCGUAACUGCAUAAUGCAGAUGUUCGGAAAGAAAGUCGACGACGGAUCAGAAGUGUCUUCCACUUCCAAGACAGAAGUAUCUUCCGUUUCAAGUUCCUCUGUGGCACCGGCAUAACCUCAGCACCCCGCCUCACUGCCGCCCUGUCCCCGUU